AUGAUUUUCGCAAAGGGACUCUUUAUCCUGGCCAUGGCCAGUUCAGCUUUUUCAGAAGAUACCGAAGAAGCCAAGACUUUGGCUGCUGAAUACGACUUUGACUUCCUGGUGGCAUUCCUGAAUGACUUUUCAAGUAAUAUCGCCAGAUACACCAGCUACAUGGUCGAUAACUCGAUGACCUACCCGAGGCAGUUGGUCCAAUUUUACAAUGAUGUUUACACUUAUACUGACUAUGGCUUCACCACCUUGGUUCCAGACCAGUUUCCCUUUUCUGAGUUUCAGACCUUUAUCUCGGAGUUUCCCUGGUACACCACCUUGCUGAAGGAGGGUGACAUCACGGCGUUCGCUGUUCCUGCCGAUUAUUUGACUACUGAUGUCACCACCAGCACUUCUGAGUCUUCUGAAAGUAGCACAACUACUACUUCUGAGUCUUCAACAUCAAAGUCUUCGUCAUCGAAGACUUCAUCGUCAAAGACUUCGUCAGUCCAUUCGAAGUUCACGACGUCAUCAUCAAAGAGCGCCGCACCGAGUACCAGCCUGACGUCAAUCACCACGUCAAGCUCCGUUUCACUAUCCAAGUCUCAUACGAUCCACUCUAGCCUGACUUCUUCAAUUUUGAGUGUAUUGAGCAGCUACCAAAGCAAAUCAAAAUCUUCAACCUCCUUUUUGAACACCUCGUCCAUACCAGCCACCGAGUCAUACACAUCCAAUGGGGUAUCCAGAGCAAGAGUUUAUCCAUGGAUCGCCCUGGCAAUUCUGCUCAUGAUCCCUUUCAUUUAG